AUACGUUGCAAUCGUCAAGUCCCCUGUGAUAACUGCCAGAGGAGAGGGCUUGAAGUUAGCUGUAAAUACAGCAAAACGAGAGAUAGUUCGAAUGAACACCAUACUCCCCACAAUGUUUAUAGAGAUGGAUUACAUGGUCUCCGCAAUCGAUUGCUUCGUCUUGAAGCCGCAUUUGAAGAUCGACCAUCGCAACCACACAUUACCACAGCCCAUUCUAUAGCGAGCAACUGUAAUGAAAGAGCGGAAGGUGGUGAUUCGAUUCUUCAUGCCACAUGGGAUCCUGAAAUAAUGCUUCCUGAAAGUUCUGGUACUCGAUCUUUCAAUCAAAAUCACUGGCAUGCAAUCAUGCAAAGUGCGCCACGCGAUAUUCACCGGAAUGAAGAUGAACCGUGGAAGAAAACGCAUGCCCAGACUCCUAUGCUUCUUCAGGGAAUACCAAAAGAAACAAUUGACGAUCUUUUGCGAGAGUUACCCCCACGGAAAAUCGCUGAUGAACUUGUUUCACGUUGCUUGGACUCAGGUGAACCGUCACUGAUGAUUGUCCACGUUCCAACGUUCAAACAGGAGUGUAUUUCCUUCUGGGAGAACCCAUCCAAAGCAUCUUGUGCUUGGCUGGCCCUUUUUUAUGGGAUUCUGGCUUGUGCAGUUUGGAUUGAGCACUCCAUGCAUCCAGACACAGCCGAGGCACCACCACCAGAAAUAUUCAAGUACUACCACGAAAAAUGUGCCGUCGCCCUCACACUCUCAAAUUAUUGUGCCCCCGGGAGAUAUAAGGUAGAGGCCGCUACAAUUCAUCUUGGAGUUGAAUAUCUCCAAAGUGAUGGGUUGAAAACCGGUAGCUCUGUACUAUUGAGCAUGGUAUCUCGACUGGCUAUCAUGAUGGGCUACCACAGAGACCCUAGGAUACCCCGGACUAUCCCCCUUUGA